UCCUCCGGCUCGCGCACUGCGCAGCGCUCAUUGGUUGGCGCGACAAUAUAAAGUUCCGCAGUGAUUCCCUCACUGACCGCUGCUGCUGUGCUUCACUCACUCACUGACUGUCUGGGGAAGAGGAGCAGGGAGAACACAGUAACACAGUCACUGAGAGGAUUUACAAAACUUUAUCGUUAUUAUUCCCCCUCGUGUUUCUGCCUAACAGUCUGAUCCACCGUCACCAUGAAGGAAAGGAGACUCACACAGCCGUUUGUAGCGAGGUGUAAACUCGUGCUGGUCGGAGACGUCCAAUGCGGUAAAACUGCGAUGUUACAGGUCCUGGCCAAAGACUGCUACCCUGAGACUUACGUCCCCACUGUGUUUGAGAACUACACGGCCUGUCUGGAGCUUGAAGACCAGCGUGUUGAGCUCAGCCUCUGGGACACAUCAGGUUCUCCGUACUACGACAACGUCAGACCCCUCUGCUACAGCGACUCAGAUGCAGUGCUCUUAUGCUUUGACAUCAGCCGACCAGACAUAGUAGACAGUGCACUGAAGAAGUGGAAAGCAGAGAUUCAGGACUUCUGUCCCAGCACACGGAUCCUACUAAUAGGUUGCAAGACAGACCUGCGCACAGACGUAUGCACGCGCAUGGAGCUGUCCAAUCAGAAACAGACUCCCAUCUCUUAUGAACAGGGUUCGUCCUUGGCCAAGCAGCUCGGAGCAGAGGCUUACCUGGAGUGCUCAGCCUUCACAUCCGAGAAAAGCAUCCACAGUGUUUUCCGUACUGCGGCGCUGGCCUGCAUGAACAAACUCCAGGCUGCCAAUAAACCCAGCCCUGUCCGCCGCCUCUCCAAGAGACUCCUACACCUGCCCAGCAGGACAGAGCUCCUGUCCUCCACCUUCAGCAAGGACAAGUCCAAGAGCUGCUCCAUCAUGUGAAUACUGCUGAGCUCAUGCAAAGCAAGGACACACAGGUGGUUCCAGCGAGGGGUUUGGGGUGUGCAAGGGAAAGAGAGCACUGAUCUCUACAAAGCGUCUUUCUCCUUUGCAGCAUCCUCCCCAAACUUCCUGUCAACCACUUCAAAAAAAUGUGCUCCACUCUCUAUAUUCAACUCUGACACUGAACUUUUGAUCAUGACAUAUCACCAGCACACAGUGCAGAGACAGAGUGAAAUGUUUGAUGUUGAAAAUAUUUCUGAUGUAUUAAAUAUGUACAAAGAGAGAGUAUAACAGGCACUUUAAAACCUGUUAGAUUCAUCACAUAAAGGUUGCUGUCAGAGCUUAAAUAAGGUCAUACCUCCUCUUCUCCAAGUGGUUGUAAACGCUGCAUUUGACUGCAUUACCCUCAUUUGAAAUUCUGAUAGCAGUGCCCUUUCCCAUCCAUCUCUUUAUCUGAAUGUCUCUUUAAGGUCACGCUAUGGGCUGAGUGACGUGAUGAAAUGUAAAAUCUGACAGUGACAGGAAGUGGUACCUACAGAAAUGCGGCUUGGGGAAUUUAAAACAGCAGAAAUUACUCCCCCGUUGACCCCUCACGGUAUUUCGUUUGGAAAUUAAAGCUGACAGUGGAGGAAAAAAGGGGUAGAGAAGGGAGGGAUUUGGCAAAGCAGAGUGUUCAUUUGCAAAGACAGUCGAAGGACGAACCAAGAGCACAUCUGAAGGAACGCAGUGUGACUCAGCACUCACAUGAGCCACCAAACAGUCAAGGGGUGGACACACUGGGACAAAAACAAACACACAAUCCUGGGCCAUGUAAAGACCAGCUGAGCAUGUUUUUGUCAGAUCUCCUUUCAUCAACCAGUACCACAGCAGUCUUUAAUUUUUCAGUGUUAUUAAUCCUAAGGCUUGAUUUUAGUGAUAUUACAUUAAUGAUGCAUCAUCUCACUGUUCCCUGUUACUUAUACUUUAAGAGCUGUUUAAUAGAUACCAGCGAUUUCUUCUUGGUCUUUAAAAGAUAAAACAUAAAAGAUUUCUUUGCAAAACUGUUUUUAUACCAAAAGGAGUCAUAGAAGUCUUUGUUUUUUUUAAUCCUCUGCCUCAUGGAUAUAUAGCUUUUAACUUUGUGGACUGUAAAUAUGUAAUAUGGGCCUUUUAAACAAGCUCCACAGUGCUUUGUUAGGCUGAUUAUUGUUAAAGGGAGAGUUCACUCUGUAAUCUAAAAUACAUUUUUUUUCUCCUACACGUAGUCCUAUUUAUCAGUCUAGAUUGUUUUGGUGUGAGUUGCUGAGUGUUGGAGAAAUCGGCUGUAGAGAUGUCUGCCUUCUCUUGAAAGGCAAAAAAUGCAUUUGAAAAACUCAACAGCAAUGUCUCCUUCCAGAAUUCAUGACCCAGUUAAUCCACAGACCUUAUUGUGACCAGUUUCAUGUAGGAACUAUUUUCUUUUUACCGAACUACACCCAACGACCGUAUCACUGCACAGAAGGAAGUGUGCAUCUACUCAUGGAUGAGAGGCUUGUAUUUGUGACAGCGCGAGAUGUAAACAUUAAUCCUCAGCUGAGCUGUGACGUUAGCUAGCUCAGUAGUGCUAGGUGAGCUAGCCUUAACGGUUGAUCAUCAGCUAAUCUCCGGAAGCUAGCAAUGUCGGACUUCUGCGCAGUGAUACGGUUGGCAAGUGUAGUUUGGUAGAAAGAAAACUGUUCACAACAAGGUCAUGAUUUCUGGACAAAGACUUGCUGUUGAGUUUUUCACAUGUAUGUUUUGGCACUUCCAUCUAGUUCCAUUAUAUUGGAGAGAACGCAGACAUCUCUACAGCUGAUAUCUCCAACACUGUGCAACUCACACCAAAACAAUCUAGACUGAUAAAGAGCACUACAGGUAAGAGGGAAAAUAUGUAUUAUUGAUUUUGGGGUGAACUGUCCCUUUAACAGUUAUCCAAGAUGCACCUGCUGACAUUUCCAGCCUCGAUAGCUGCAUUAACCCUAAAUGUCCCUGAGAUGAUCUGUGAUUGGUGGGAAAGGUUGAAUUGAAUCACACGAACAGGCUGGACCUGUCUGGAGAAAGAUUUUUCUUCCUUUUUAUGCUUUAAAAAAUAUUUUUAUUUUUCAACUUCCCUAAAAAAAAGUAUUCUUGACAUUUUCCAUUUCUUAAAUAGAUUUUUUUCUGGAUGUUUCUACUUGCUCGUGGCCGCCUUUGGUGUUUCUAUUUUUUUGUAGCUGUUGAUGUUGUUCUUGUAUUCACUUCUUCUGGCAUUAGCGGCUGUUGACAGCUCAGCUAAUGGAGGACUUGAUGAUUUGUAGGUCUGCACCGAGAAGCCCGGAGUUCUCUGGAUGUACAGAACACUGGAAUUUUGCGUGUUGCCUAGCAACAGUGUGAGCAGGGGCAGGCGUGAGCGGGGCUCCUGCCUCACAGAGAGACAGGGAGGGAGGCAGGGAGGGAGGGAUGGCUCUCCGAGAGGGCGCCUCACCUUUUAUUUGUAGCAUUAGACGAGGAGCCACUGAGAAGGUGACGGCUGGACAUUUCAGGGAGUGGCAGACUGCUCGUGAUCUCCACAUGGUUUUAAAGACCCCACGCUGGUAGCAGCCACGUGUGGGUUGUUGGAAACAACAGGCCGUCUAAAACACGUCUCUGUAGCUUUGCUUCAGUCGUUAUUUCAAACAAAGCUCUGUUUGGUUCAAUAUAAAGCUGUCAUUUCACUUUUUCUCUCUUGCUCAUUUUUUUUUAACAGACUUGUUUGGUUGUACAUAUCCUUCUUAAUAAAACUGUUUAUUAUAAAUCACUAAACAGAAUGUUACUGAGGCAAAACAAAAUGGUUGUGUCAAGUUGCCUAUUACGGCUUAAAUUAUUGACUGGAUUCUGUAUUUGUUAUUGUUAUAUGCUUUCUUUAUAUCUUUAUUUAAAAUAAAUAUGU